AUGGUUAUCAAGAAGUCAAAUGGCUAUCUAGAAGCUGAUGGUUAUCUUGAAGCUGAUGGUUAUCUAGAAGCUGAUGGUUAUCUUGAAGCUGGCUGUUAUCUAGAGGCCGACGGUUAUCUAGAAGCUGACGGUUAUCUUGAAGCUGAUGGUAAUCUAGAAGCUGACGGUUACAUUGAAGCUGAUGGUUAUCUAGAAGCUGAUGGUAAUCUAGAAGCUGAUGGUUACAUUGAAGCUGAUGGUUAUCUAGAAGCUGAUGGUUAUCUUGAAGCUGAUGGUUAUCUAGAAGCUGGUGGUUAUCUUGAAGCUCUUGUAUCUCUCUCUCUCUCUCUCUCUCUCUCUACAGGCUAUGGACAUGCAGCUCCCGGGACUGAUGCGGGAAAGGCCUUUUGCAUGUUCUAUGCCGUCCUGGGAAUCCCUCUGACCCUCGUCAUGUUCCAAAGUCUGGGUGAGAGAAUGAACACAUUUGUCAAGUAUCUCCUGAAACGCAUCAAGAAGUGUUGUGGCAUGAGCAUCACUGAUGUGUCCAUGGAGAACAUGGUGACCGUGGGCUUCUUCUCCUGCAUCGGCACCCUGUGCAUCGGGGCCGCCGCCUUCUCCCACUACGAGGACUGGAGUUUCUUCCAGUCCUACUAUUACUGCUUCAUCACAUUGACUACCAUAGGCUUUGGGGACUUUGUAGCCCUGCAAAAGAACCGCGCCCUUCAGAGGAAGCCCCUCUAUGUGGCCUUUAGUUUCAUGUACAUCCUGGUAGGCCUAACGGUCAUCGGGGCCUUUCUCAACCUCGUGGUGCUGCGCUUUCUGACUAUGAACAGUGAGGACGAGCGGCGGGACGCAGAGGAACGUGCCUCGCUGGCUGGGAACCGCAACAGCAUGAUCAUCCACAUCCAGGAAGAGUCACUGCAGCGCGGGCGGCGGCGGCGCGAGCAGGAGCAGCAGCGGCAGCGGUACCGGGCGGAGGUGACUGACUUGCAGUCCAUCUGCUCCUGCAUGCACUACCACUCGCAUGAGUUCGGCAGCUCUGGGGGAGGAGGAGGAAUGGGUGUGGGAGGGAUGGGAGGUGUGAGCUGUGCCUUCUCACAUCAGAACUCCUUCAGCUCCCAGCUGAACCCCAAUCAGUACUUUCACUCCGUCUCCUACAGGAUCGAGGAGAUCUCUCCCAGCACCUUGAAAAACAGCUUCUUCCCUUCCCCCGUCAGCUCGGUGUCGCCGGGGCUCCACAGCUUCACAGACAAUCACUGGCUCAUGAAAAGGAGGAAAUCCAUUUGA